AUGUCUCUAAGUCGUGAAGAUUCCAUAUAUUUAGCUAAGUUGACCGAACAGGCCGAACGUUAUGAAGAAAUGGUCGAAAAUAUGAAGAACGUUGCCUCUGCAGGUCAAGAAUUAUCUGUUGAAGAAAGAAAUUUACUGUCUGUUGCUUAUAAGAACGUUAUUGGUGGUCGUCGUGCUUCAUGGAGAAUCGUUUCAUCUAUUGAACAAAAGGAAGAAUCAAAGGAAAACUCACAACAUCAAGUUGAGUUAAUUAAAAACUAUCGUUCUAAGAUUGAAGCUGAAUUAACGAAUAUCUCGAAUGAUGUUUUAUCUGUGUUGGAUAAGUAUCUGAUUCCAACAGCUAGCACCGGAGAAUCCAAAGUGUUUUAUUAUAAGAUGAAAGGUGACUACUACCGUUAUCUAGCUGAAUUUUCCCAGGACCAAGCGAGAGUCGAUGCUGCUGAAUCAUCUUUACAGGCUUACACUACUGCCACCGAAAUUGCCACCACUGAAUUGCCACCCACUCAUCCAAUUAGAUUAGGUUUGGCUCUUAAUUUCUCUGUCUUCUAUUAUGAAAUUCAAAAUUCACCAGAUAAGGCAUGUCAUUUGGCCAAACAAGCCUUUGAUGAUGCUAUUGCUGAAUUGGACACAUUAUCCGAAGAAUCUUAUAAGGACAGUACUUUAAUCAUGCAAUUGCUCAGAGACAAUCUAACCUUAUGGACUUCUGACAUGACUGAAGGUCCUAUCUCUAACGAAUCACAACAACAGCAACAAGAUCAACAACAGGUUGGUGAUGAUGAUAACGAUGAUGAAGGUAUCCCUCCAAAAUAA